GGACGCGGUGAUGCGUCGGGCCAGUCGCGUAGGUCUCAGGGGCUGCCGGAGGAGCACGCGAGUCUGGACGAGGUUGUCCGGGCUGCUCAGAAGGCAGGCGCUGCAAAGCGCAAGGCGGCCCGCGAGGCGAAGGCCAAGUCGUCGGAGAAGGAGCCGACUCCAGCACCGUCCGUCCAGGAUGACGCGCACCAAGUGUCCUCAGAUGGCGAGCUGGACGUCCAGGAUCCUGACCCGAAGGCUGCCCAAGAUCAGGGUGAGUCCGUCCAGGAUGAGCUCGCCAAGGCGUCGGCGGGAGGCGCCGAUGAGAUUGAGCCCCCGGCGGCGGAUCGAUGUUCGGACUCUCCGCUGCCGGAUCAAGAUGCGGAACAAGCCGCUACCGAUGUCCAAGAAGUGGACGAGCUUGAGGACUCGCAAGAGACCUCGCCGUCCGCCCAAGCGACCAUGACGAACCCUGAAUCCUCGGUCCAGGAAGCUUCGGCCAAGACGGCCCUGAAUCAAGCCGUCCCACACCAAGGUCCGGAUCCAGGAUCGCUUCGGUCGGGAUCACCUGACCAGAGGUUCGCCGAGGUCCAGGAGAAGGCGUUCGUCGCGCAGCAAGUGUCCAGGUGGGAGCGGGUGGAGUCCGAACGCGUGACCCCGCCCACUGUGGAGUAUUCCUGGCCGACACCCAGGCCGGAUGCACAGCCCUGGAUGGCCGCCAUGUUGACCACAUCCAGGUACCUCAGUGCGCGAGCACUCUUGGAGGACCAGGAUGGUGGCUGGAUUGCGGAACUUCGUCUCGACCGGCGGUACUUGAGCACCACCCAGGAUCUCAUGGCUGUCCAGGUCCCGGUCCAGAUGCUGACGCCGCGGGAGUGCAUGACCAUCCUGCAAGAUCUGCUGUUCGAGGCUGGAUUCAUGUUUGACAGGAUCUUGGUGAACGCAUACAACGCGUCGUCCAGAAGUCGCUGA